UCGCUUGCCGUCGGUUACCACGGUGAUGCUGACGCUUGAAAGGCUUUUCAGAUUAGCCCGUAUACCAUUUAAGCUAGCUCGUCCACCCACUGUUGAUAACCUCAGUUCGGCUCUUUGGGGAGAGUAAUAACCUGUAAACAUGGCAUCUGUUUUAGAUGCUCUCUGGGAGGACAGAGACGUCAGAUUUGAUAUAACAGCACAACAGAUGAAAACUCGUCCAGGAGAAGCGCUCAUAGACUGCCUGGACUCCAUAGAGGACACCAAAGGAAAUAACGGAGAUCGAGGACGACUGUUAGUAACAAACCUGAGGAUCAUCUGGCAUUCUUUGGCCCUGCCGAGAGUCAAUUUAUCUGUGGGUUACAACUCCAUCAUAAACAUCACAACAAGGACCGCUAACUCAAAAUUGAGAGGCCAAACUGAAGCACUCUACAUCCUGACAAAGUCCAACAACACAAGAUUUGAGUUCAUUUUCACAAAUGUGGUUCCAGGAAGUCCAAGGCUGUUUACUUCAGUCAUUGCUGUACACAGGGCCUAUGAGACAUCCAAAAUGUACAGAGAUCUGAAAUUGCGAGCAGCUCUUAUUCAGAAUAAGCAGCUAAGACUCUUGCCCAGGGAACAAGUGUACGAUAAAAUUAACGGAGUCUGGAAUUUAUCCAGUGAUCAGGGUAAUCUUGGCACCUUCUUUAUUACCAAUGUUCGGAUUGUUUGGCAUGCAAACAUGAAUGAGAGCUUCAACGUCAGCAUUCCCUACCUUCAGAUUUGGUCCAUCAGAAUACGAGACUCAAAGUUUGGCUUGGCGUUGGUGAUUGAGAGUUCACGCCAGAGUGGUGGCUAUGUGCUCGGGUUCAAGAUUGACCCUGUGGACAAGCUUCAAGAUGCACUGAAGGAAAUCAACUCAUUACAUAAGGUGUACUCUGCCAACCCCAUCUUUGGAGUGGACUAUGAAAUGGAAGAAAAGCCCCAGCCAUUGGAUGAACUCACAGUGGAACAGCUUCCUGAUGAUGUGGAAAUUGAGCCAGAUGAGCAGACUGAUGCCUUCACUGCUUACUUUGCAGAUGGAAAUAAGCAACAAGACCGGGAGCCCGUUUUCUCUGACGAGAUGGGCCUCGCUGUGGAAAAACUGAAGGAUGGGUUCACACUUCAAGGACUGUGGGAAGUCAUGGGCUAAAAUAGUAUGAGACGUGUGUGUAAAUAUAGUGAUUGUUAAAGCUAGAGUAUAUUUAUUUAUGUAUUUGAGGGGUGGUUAAAGUUGUACAGUUUGCAUUAAUACUUUUUCACAAGAGGAAAAUAGUGAAUUACUAGAGUUACUGUAUAUGUGUGUUGUGGGCAGGGGUGUGUCCAGACUUUUUUGACUUUGGUGGCUCCGAUGAAUGCAGGGGGGGCAUGAAAUAUGUGCACACUCAAACACACACAAACCAGUGUUAAUUUCGUUAACAAAAUUAUGACGAUAAAUGUUCGUCAACGACUCUUUUUUUCAUGACAAAAACAAGACUAUGACGAGCUUAAGUGCUUCACUGAUAAUAAAAAAUCUGACGAACAUAUGUUUUGAUUUUGUUGACGAGACGAUGACAAGAUGAAAACAUUAGUGGCCGACCGUCCGGCAAUGAAGAAUCCAUGUUUUCCCCCGCUGUGCGUCUAAUCUUUAGAAAUAAAAGUGAUGCAUUCCUGUGA